AUUCUGCUGCUGUUGUUUCUGAGUGCUCAUGAGCAGUUUGUGUUGUUUUCAGAUAUCGUGGUGAAUAACGCUGGGAUUCUGCGGGACCGAUCGUUCGCUAGGACCAGCGAUGCAGACUGGGACCUGAUUCAGCGCGUGCACCUGAGGGGCUCCUUCCUCGUCACGAGGGCCGCCUGGAACCACAUGAAGACCCAGAAGUUUGGGAGGAUCAUCAUGACGUCGUCCGCGGCGGGAAUCUACGGGAACUUCGGCCAGGCCAACUACAGCGCGGCCAAGCUGGGUCUGCUGGGUCUCUCCAACACGCUGGCCAUCGAAGGCCAGAAGUACAGCAUCCACUGCAACACCAUCGCUCCGACCGCAGGAUCCCGCCUCACCGAGACCGUCAUGCCUCCAGAUCUGGUGCAGUCGCUGAGGGCCGAGUACGUGGCUCCGCUGGUGCUGUGGCUGUGUCAUGAAGCGUGUCAGGAGAACGGAGGGCUGUUCGAGGUCGGCGCCGGAUGGAUCGGCAAAUUGCGCUGGGAGAGGAGUCUGGGCCGAACCGUGCGGCAGAAGAACAAGAGCAUGACGCCGGAGGCUGUGCGAGACGCUUGGAACGAGAUCUGUGACUUCACUGACGCCAGCAAACCCGCCAGCAUCCAGGAGUCGCUGCAGACGCUGGUGGAGGUUCUGUCCAGAGUGGAAGAUGAGCGUGGAAUCAGAGCCAAUCCGACCGGAGCGACCGCCGGCACAAACCCUUCGUCGGCUGUGGGACAGACGCUGCCGGAGAUGAGCUUCUCGUACACACACAUGAACUGUAUUCUGUAUGCUCUGGGAGUGGGGAUGUCCACCAGAGAGCCUGACCAACUCAAGUUCCUCUACGAAGGCCACGAGGACUUCAGCUGUCUGCCUACGUUUGGAGUGAUUCCGGCCCAGAGCGCCAUGACGGGCCUCGGCAGCAUCCCAGGCCUCAACAUCGACUUCACCAGGCUUCUGCACGGAGAGCAGUAUCUAGAGAUGUUCAGAGCGCUGCCCACCUCAGGGACGCUGACGUCUCGGGCCACGGUGGCAGAUGUGCUGGAUAAAGGGUCAGGAAUGGUCAUCCUGCUGGACGUUCAUACGUACAGCGGGCGUGAGCUGGUGUGUUAUAAUCAGUUCUCGGUGUUCGUUGUUGGCGCUGGAGGAUUCGGAGGGAAGCGGACAUCCCAGAAGGCUGUGGUCACAGCUCCUCUUCCAGACAGAGCUCCAGACGCUGUGAUUGUAGAUCAGACAUCUAGAGAUCAGGUGAGACAGAUUCACACGGUUCCUCAAACUGCACUACUGUUCAAACGUUCGGGUUUUCUUAAAGAAACGAAUACUUUUAUUCAUCAAGGAUGCAUUAAAUUGAUCAAAAGAGACAAAGACAUAUGUUAUAUGCAGAGAUUCGAGUCUCCCAUCCUGCACGGCCUGUGUUCCUUUGGCUUCGCCGCUCGUCACGCUCUGAAGCAGUACGCAGCAAACGACGUGUCCAGAUUCAAGUCCAUCAAGGUGCGUUUCGUGAAGCCCGUGUAUCCGGGACAGUCUCUGCAGACGGAGAUGUGGAAGGAAGCGAACAGGAUUCACCUCCAGUGUAAGGUGAAGGAAAGCGGGGAUGUGGUGCUGUCUGGAGCGUAUAUAGAUCUGCACGCAGAUGCGUCUGUCAGCGCCGGGCCGCCGCAGACGGACGGCCUGCAGAGCGACCUGGUGUUCGCUGAGAUCGGACGCAGGAUCAGAGACGCGGGUCACGAGCUGGUGAAGAAGGUCAACGCCGUGCUCGGAUGGGAGAUCAGCAAAGACGGCCGAACCGUCCGAGAGUGGACCGUGGAUCUGAAGACGGGCCGCGGAUCUCUGCACACAGGAGCCUCUGAAGCAGACGUGAUCUUCAGCGUCUCAGACGAGGACUUCAUGGAGGUGGUGACGGGGAAACUGAACCCUCAGAAGGCGUUUUUCUCCGGCAAGCUGAAAGUCAAAGGGAACAUCAUGCUGAGCCAGAAGCUGGAGGCCGUGCUGAAGGACUACGCCAAGCUCUGAAGAUCCUGAAGGAGAAUCAUCUCCACUAAUGACAGCACUGCAAAACAUCAGUUAGUGUCUUGUGUUCUAGAAUAAAUAGCUAAACAUUCUCGAAUCAAGAUGCGUUUACUGUACGAGUGAAAUGACUUCAGAUAUUACGUCUUGUUUUCUAAACAAAUAAUCAAAAUGUUGUUAGUUUUUGCUUAAAACAAGUCAAAUAUCUGCUAAUG